AUGCCUCGCAGGAGUUUCGAUCGCCCAGGACCGCAGUCACGUCCUGGCGGGCAGCAGCUCGGUGUGGCUGAGCCCAUGCGCUCGGCUCUGCUCCUGCUGCUGCCCUUGCUGGCGGCCGCCGCCGGGCUGAGCCUACAGCAGGCCAGGAUGCGGCACCUGGGGGUGUGCCCCAACCAGCUGAACCCCAACCUGUGGGUGGACGCUCAGAGCACCUGCGAGAGGGAGUGCCAGGCAGACCAGGACUGCGAGGGCUUUGAGAAGUGCUGCACCAACGUGUGCGGGCUGCGCAGCUGCGUGGCCGCGCGCUUUGCCGACGGCAGCCUGCUGGCACUGGAGCUGGGCCACGGGCCGUCCUGCGAGAGCUUCGUGUGCGCCCAGCAGGGCUCCGACUGCGACAUCUGGGACGGGCAGCCGGUCUGCAAGUGCAAGGACCGCUGCGAGAAGGAGCCCAACUUCACCUGCGCCUCCGACGGCCUCACCUACUACAACAAGUGCUACAUGGACGCCGAGGCCUGCCUGCGUGGCACGCGCCUCACCACCGUGCCGUGCAAGCACAUCUUCACCUGGCCCGACACCAGCCCUGUGCCGCGCGAGACCACGGCCCGGCCCACUCCAGGAGCGGGCCCCGAGCCGCCGGUUCCUCCGGCGCUGUACAGCAACCCCUUCCACCAGUCGGUCCGCGCCGGUGGCACCGUCAGCUUCCGCUGUGACGUCAGCGGCCGCCCGCGGCCCGACAUCACCUGGGAGAAGCAGAGCGAGCGCGCCGAGAACUUCAUCAUGCGGCCGGACCAGAUGUACGGCAACGUGGUGGUCACCAACAUCGGGCAGCUGGUCAUCUACAACGCUCGCCACGAGGACGCCGGCAUCUACACCUGCACGGCCCGCAACGCCGCGGGGCUGCUGCGCGCCGACUUCCCGCUGUCGGUGCUGAAGCGUGAACCCGGGGCGGCCCCGCGGCCCGGCAGCCCCCAGCCCUUCCCCAGUGCCGAGUGCCUGAAGGAGCCGGACCGGCGGCGCUGCGAGGCCAUGGAGGUGCGCUGGCACUUCGAUGCCAAGCAGGGCUCCUGCGUCACCUUCCGCUACGGCGGCUGCGGGGCCAACAGGAACCACUUUGAGACGUACGAGGAGUGCCGCGCCGCCUGCGUGGGCAGCGCCCGGCCCACCUGCCUGCUGCCCAUGGUGCAGGGACCCUGCCAGAACUGGGAGCCGCGCUGGGCUUACAACUACAUCCUCAAGCAGUGCCACUCCUUCGUCUACGGCGGCUGCGAGGGCAACAACAACAACUUCGACAGCAAGGAGACGUGCGAGGACGUGUGCCCCUUCCCCAAGAGCCUGCAGUGCAAGGCGUGCCGCCUGAAGAGCAAGAUGGUGCUGAGCCUCUGCCGCAGCGACUUCGCCAUCGUGGGGCGGCUGAUGGAGAUCGUGGAGGACCAGGACUCCGGCAUCGCCCGCUUUGCCCUCGAGGAUGUCCUCAAGGACGAGAAGAUGGGCCUCAAGUUCUUCAAUAUCAAGUACCUGGAGGUGACGCUGAUCGACAUGGACUGGAGCUGCCCCUGCCCCAACAUGACGGCCGAGGACGGGCCGCUCAUCAUCAUGGGCGCCGUGCACGACGGCAUGGCCACGCUGGAUCCCGGCAGCUACGUACGGGCUGCCAACGACAAGAGGGUGAAGAAAAUCUACGAGCUGAUGGAGAAGAAAACCUGCGACCUCCUCAACCGCUUCCAGGAUUAGGGCCGGGCCGUGUGGACACAGGCUGCAGAGCCCAGGGGACCCGUCUGAACCCACAGCUUUUACUGAGCUACGAUCACCAUUCUGCAGCUCCAUCCCUGUAACUGCCACCCCGUGUACCCCCAGCCCAGACUGCAGCAAUAAGGAGCCAGGUGGGGUUGCAGAGGAGUCUGCCCAGACCUC